CGCAUGCCAUUGCCAUCGACCGACCCCCAGCUCUCCCACCUCGCCGCCAUCCCUCCCUCCCCCACUCCGGCGUCUUCCUCGUACGUACCACGGCAACACACGGCGGGGGGAAGAGGAUGAUGAUGCCCCAGAGCGGCGGCAGCCUCGAUCUAGGCCUCAGCCUCGGGCUCUCCUCCCAGGGCAGCCUCUCCUCCUCCACCACCUCCGGCGCGCUCUCCCCCUGGGCCGCCGCCCUCAGCUCCGUCGUUGGGGGCGUGAUGACGAGGAGGGACGCGCACGCGCAGCAGCACGGCGCCGCCGCCGCGAUGAUGGAUCCCGACCGCGCGGCGAUGCGCGCGUCCACGUCGCCCGACAGCGGCGCCAGCGGGGACAACAAGAGGGAGCGCGAGCUCGAGCGCACCGGCUCCGGCGGCGUGCGCAGCGACGAGGAGGACGGCGCGGACGGCGCCGCCGGCCGCAAGAAGCUGCGCCUCUCCAAGGACCAGGCCGCCGUGCUCGAGGACUGCUUCAAGACCCACAGCACGCUCAACCCCAAGCAGAAGGUCGCCCUGGCCAACCGCCUGGGCCUCCGGCCGCGGCAGGUGGAGGUGUGGUUCCAGAACCGCCGCGCCCGGACCAAGCUCAAGCAGACGGAGGUCGACUGCGAGUACCUCAAGCGCUGGUGCGAGCGCCUCGCCGACGAGAACAAGCGCCUCGAGAAGGAGCUCGCCGACCUCCGGGCGCUCAAGGCCGCGCCCUCGCCCGCCGCGCAGCACGCCUCCCCCGCCGCCACCCUCACAAUGUGCCCGUCCUGCCGCCGCGUCGCCGCCGCUAACCACCCGCAGCAAUGCCACCCCAAAUCUAACGCCGCCGGCAACGUGGUGCCCAGCCACUGCCAGUUCUUCCCGGCCGCCGUCGAACGGACAGGGCAGAGCACGUGGAACGCCGCCGCGCCGCUCGUCACCAGGGAGCUGUUCUAAGGUCGAGCGGAUCGAUCUCGCAAGGCGAUGGAUCGACCGAUUGGACGGUUGAUUAGAAGGCAGGACAAGCUCUGAUUAGGAUCUCGCAGGUGGCGGUCGCAGUAAUUAAUUACGAUUAAUCAGGAGAGGAGAUUUUCUUUUGGUUUCCUUUUUUUUCUUUUCGUUUCGAUUAAUUCAUCAGCUGGGUUUCUGAAAACGACGACGACGACGACGAAGAAGAAUGAACAACAAACAAAGAUGGCUGUCUGCUUUUUCCUGGACGGCGUGUAAACCAGUUCACCUAAUCUGCUGGUUGGUGAAAUAACAGCGUGAUUGAUUGUACUAAUUGAUUGGUGAAGAAAGUUAAUGGAAAUCAAAUCUUUACAAGUUUCUU